UGCAAAGAAGCGACAGCAGUUGGCUGAACAGAAUACGGCUCUGAAAGAAGAGAAUGCUGCUCUGAGUGAUAGACAUGCUGUUGAGCCUACUGCUCAGAGAAGAAAACGAGCACCUGGUGCUGACAUUAAUAACAAUAAUUUUUAUGUUUAA